AUGAAUGAUAUUUCCCAAAAGGCUGAGAUUCUGCUUUCUUCAUCUAAACCUAUCCCAAAAACCUAUGUGCCAAAACUUGGCAAGGGUGAUGUAAAGGAUAAGUUUGAAGCCAUGCAGAGAGCCAGGGAAGAAAGAAAUCAAAGGAGAUCUAGAGACGAAAAGCAAAGAAGAAAAGAACAAUAUAUUAGAGAGAGAGAAUGGAACAGGAGAAAGCAGGAGAUUAAAGAAAUGCUUGCUUCCGAUGAUGAGGAAUCAGUGUCUUCCAAAGUUGAAAAGGCUUAUGUCCCAAAGCUAAUAGGAACUGUUAAAGGUAAAUUUGCUGAAAUGGAGAAACAAAGACAAGAGGAACAAAGGAAGAGAACGGAGGAGGAACGAAAACGCAGAAUUGAGCAGGAUAUGCUAGAAAAGAGGAAAAUUGAGCGUGAAUUAGCAAAAAGGGCUGAGCAGAUUGAGGACAUAAACAAUACGGGAACUGAAUCAGCAUCAGAGGAAGGAGAUGAUUCACUACUUAUAACAGUAGUACCUGUCAAAUCAUACAAAGCAUCUGGAAAAAUGAAAAAGAAUUUUGAAGAUCUAGAAAAAGAACGAGAAGAGAAAGAAAGGAUCAAGUAUGAAGAAGAUAAAAAAAUAAGAUAUGAAGAACAACUACGAUCUCUCAAAGAAGCAAAAUGUCUUUCAUUGGUCAUGGAUGAUGAAAUGGAAAGUGAGGCAAAAAAAGAAUCACUUUCUCCUGGAAAACUGAAACUAACGUUUGAAGAAUUGGAGCGACAAAGACAAGAAAACCGAAAGAAGCAGGCUGAAGAAGAAGCAAGACAACGUUUAGAAGAAGAGAAGCGUGCUUUUGAAGAAGCAAGGCGGCAAAUGGUAAAUGAAGAGGAAGAAAACCAAGACACAGAAAAAAGUUCAAAAGUAUACCGCCCAGGUAAACUCAAACUCAGUUUUGAAGAAAUAGAAAGGCAAAGGAGAGAAGAUGAAAAAAGGAAAGCAGAGGAAGAAGCCAGAAGGAGAAUAGAAGAAGAAAAGAAGGCAUUUGCUGAAGCAAGGAGAAGCAUGGUAGUAGAUGAUGACUCCCCAGAGAUGUAUAAAACAAUUUCUCAAGAAUCUCUUACACCGGGAAAACUGGAAAUUAAUUUUGAAGAAUUAUUAAAACAAAAAAUGGAAGAAGAAAAACGACGAACAGAGGAGGAACGGAAGCAUAAACUAGAAAUGGAGAAACAGGAGUUUGAACAGCUGAGACAAGAAAUGGGAGAGGAAGAGGAAGAAAGUGAAACCUUUGGAUUGAGCAGAGAAUAUGAAGAAUUAAUCAAAUUAAAAAGGAGUGGCUCUAUUCAGGCUAAAAAUCUAAAAAGCAAGUUUGAAAAAAUUGGACAGUUGUCUGAAAAAGAAAUACAGAAAAAGAUAGAGGAAGAACGAGCAAGAAGGAGAGCAAUUGACCUUGAAAUUAAAGAGCGAGAAGCAGAAAACUUUCAUGAGGAAGAAGAUGUUGAUAUCAAGCCUGCAAAAAAAAGUGAGGCCCCAUUUACUCAUAAAGUGAAUAUGAAAGCUAGAUUUGAACAAAUGGCUAAGGCAAGAGAAGAAGAAGAACAAAGAAGAAUUGAAGAACAAAAGUUACUACGCAUGCAAUUUGAACAAAGAGAAAUUGAUGCAGCACUACAAAAGAAAAGAGAAGAGGAGGAGGAAGAAGAGGGUAGCAUAAUGAAUGGCUCCACUACUGAAGACGAAGAACAAACUAGAUUAGGAGCUCCAUGGUUCAAGAAGCCUCUUAAAAACACAUCUGUUGUAGACAGUGAGCCAGUUAGAUUUACUGUUAAAGUAACAGGAGAACCCAAACCAGAAGUGACAUGGUGGUUUGAAGGAGAAAUACUACAGGAUGGAGAAGACUACCAAUAUAUUGAAAGGGGAGAAACUUACUGCCUUUACUUACCAGAAACUUUCCCAGAAGAUGGAGGAGAGUAUAUGUGUAAAGCAGUCAACAAUAAAGGCUCUGCAGCUAGUACCUGUAUUCUUACCAUUGAAAGUAAGAACUGAUCGCUCUUUUAAUUUAACUUACGUACUAUUAAAUUUUUUUCCCUUUAAAAAAAAAAAAAUCACCUUUCUUCUUCUCUUUUCUAGCUGAUGACUACUAGUUUCCCUCUUCUCCCCUUGGAACUUUCUUUUUCUCCAACUUUCUUACUACAUCCAUCUUCUCUGUGGCGGGGCCAAAAAAGGAAACCAGAAGUGCCACUCUGUUGACUUCUUAUUCCUUUUCAUAAGUCUUCAAAACACAAGCUCAUCUAAAGAAUAUGUUCUUUUCCAAAUGAGCACCAGAUUUAUUGCCAUCUUAUACAGUAGCGGUCAAAAAAAAUGUAUUUAAUGGGGGAGCGGGCAGUGCGAAAUUUACUGAACUGUUCUAUCAGAAGUUAUUGUAAAGGCUGUGUAUUUCCCGUAAGAAUUUACAGCAACUAUGUUUUUAAAAACCCAGUAAGUUAUUUUGCAUGAAAGAAUGCCAUUUAUGAGCUUUUACACCUAAAAUUAGUCUGAAAUAGCUGAGACAAUGAAUUUGGAACCUAUCAAUGAGUGGGCAUUUUCCUUAGUAGCACAUUAUUUUGG